AUGACCAAAGGAAAGUGUGUCCUCCUUCCAAGAACAUUAAUAUUCAAACAGAAGCAGGACUUCUCAGAGCUGGAGAAGUGUCCUCCACUGCUGUAUAAGCUGAGUCCUAUCUCUGCAGCCACCAUUGCUGCAACCACCGCUGGUGACUUCGUAGCCACAACUUCAAUGGUGGCUAUGGCCCAGGUCACAACUGCCUGGGAGAAGAAGACAAAGAGAAGGAAAAAGGAAACACAAACCAAAGCUGGUGCUGACAAUAUGGGCAGUGCCUUGAGACAUGACUGACAUGAAGGCUUGAAUCCUAAAGGUACAAAAGAGCUAUGUGCUCAUAUACUAUUUUUUCAUAAGGUACACAUUGAAACUGUGUGUGAAGUAAAGAAAAUCUACCUUCAGUUUUCUUUACUAAAUUCUUCAGAAGAAUUUAGAAUUUCUAAUAAAAAGUCCUUGCCUUUUCCCAGAGACCAUUCUAAUCAGUCAGUCACAACUGAUAAAGAACUACUACCUAUAUAUAUAGAAUUGACUAAUGAAAAUGGCUGUGAUUUCAUUGUCAGUGCUGCAGCAGUUACACCAAAUAUAGACCCUUUUCUCUAUGGCAACAACUUUGCUCUGGGAGAAGAAGGUGGCCUGAAAGUGGGUGCUUCCAUGCACACACAUCUCUCUGAUGUCUGUGCCGCGGAUGACAUCUGCACCGCGUCCUGGAGGCCCAGCCCGGUGUGACAGCAGAUGAGGCUGUGGACCCAGGCUAGACAGAUGGGAUGGUAUGCAGUGAAGUGCAUGGCUGCAGCUAGUUUACAAGAAUCUAUUGACAUGGACUUCAGCUUUGAACUGUUUGCUCAUGUAGCAAAAUUUUUUAACUAUAAGGUCAUAUUGCUGGGAAAAUAAAACCCACAGAGGUUAGGUUCAGAUCAUAAAUUAAUGCGAUGUACCAAAAAACAAGAAUUCAGCAAAGUUGUCAAACUUGGACAAAUUAUGGGAGCUGUAUUAGUUGGUGAAACUGAUUUAGGAGAAACCGAAAACUUAAUUUUAAAUCAGAUGGAUCUUUCAUCAUAUGGAGAAGAUCUGCUACAUCCAAAUAUUGAUUUAGAAGAUUAUAUAAUUCUUAAAAUGCAUCUUUUUAAUGAAAAUGAAGUUCCAUACAACACAUGGAAGUCUCCAUAA